UAUAGGGAAAAAUCUGGCCGAGGAUACCCCACCCACAGCUAAAUUUAUACACAAAGAACUGAAAAUCAAAGUCCAUAAACAAGUACAAAUUCUGCCAUCCUUAGUGGAAGCAGAGAUUAGGCCUCCGUUUUGAAGUCCCAGGUACAGAUCUUCAAAAGCCCUGAGAUGUUAGGGCGACAGUCCUCCCCCACUACGUGGUAGAAAUACCCUUGGAAUUAAUGCAGGUUGCAUUCCGGCUUGCAGCACGAGCGUACCAGACAAACCACACUGUAAACUUUUAGUUUUCUGGAGAUAUUUUAUUUAAAUAGCUGUGGCUUUAUUACCCCUAAUCGAGCUGCAGAGAAAAAGUCACUAAAAAAGCGAAGGGUUUGCAGCCAGCCCCCCGCCCAGGCCAGCAGUCAGCCUGCAGCCCGCUCAGCUUCCCCAGGCGGUCUGCCUCUGCUGUUGGUGCAUCUUCGGCUAAAUUUAGCCUAAUGUUAAGAAUGACCUACACAGCAAGGAAAUAAACUGUUUGAAAAAAUAUAGGACAAAGCUUAUGUUUAAGGGAAAGCUUCCCACAAUGUUCUAUUUGUGGCACACGAUCAUACAUUUGUGUCACAUCAUCUUAUCCGUUCCUUGAGCAUUGAUUGAAAAAGAGGCUUUUUAACCUGCUCAAAAUUCGUCUUUGUACAUCUUUAUCGGAGGAGGUCACUGGCGGCAAGGAAGCACCCCCAGGCAGGGGUCUGCGCGCACUGCGUCCCACCGGCUGCCUUUCAUUUAUUUCCAGCUCCACUCCGCGAGGCACCUGGAUGCGUCGCGGCCCCGGGAGGGAGCAGAGCCCGCACACCCGCUGGGUACGUUACCCCGGCUCGGUUCUUCCCCUCAGGCACCCACCUCCGGGCUCACCCCGCCCGGGGCUCACCGAGCCACGCGGCUCCCCUCCCCUUCCCUCCCCACCCCGGCUGCCCCUACAGCUGCCCCGACUGCCGCCGCCGCCGAGCACGGAGCCGACUCCCCGCAGCGCCUGCCGAGAUAAAAAGCCCAUCCCCGCUCCCCCUAGCCCUAAUCCGCCGGGCGCUGCCGCCGACAAGAUGGCGGCGCCGCUUCACGCCGCUGCGUAGCGCCGCGUCCCGCCCCGCUUUGCAGCGCGGGAGACCCCGCAGCCGCCACGUGCCGCCGCAGCCACCGUCGCACGCGCUGCUCGGGCCGCCGACUCCGCGCCUCCUGCAACCCGCGGCGGAAGAUGCGCGUGCACCGCGCGAUAAUUAGCACCAUGGAGCCUCAGGUGUCGAAUGGCCCUACUUCCAAUACAACCAAUGGACCCUCCAGCAACAGUAGAAACUGCCCUUCCCCCAUGCAGACGGGGGCUGCCACAGAUGACAGCAAAACCAACCUCAUAGUCAACUAUUUACCCCAGAACAUGACCCAGGAGGAAUUCAGGAGUCUCUUUGGGAGCAUUGGUGAAAUAGAAUCCUGCAAGCUCGUGAGAGACAAAAUCACAGGGCAGAGUUUAGGAUAUGGAUUUGUUAACUACAUUGAUCCAAAGGAUGCAGAGAAAGCCAUUAACACUUUAAAUGGACUCAGACUCCAGACCAAAACCAUAAAGGUGUCAUAUGCCCGUCCAAGUUCAGCAUCAAUCAGAGAUGCGAACUUGUAUGUCAGCGGCCUUCCGAAAACAAUGACCCAGAAAGAAUUAGAGCAGUUAUUCUCACAAUAUGGGCGCAUCAUCACCUCACGGAUUCUGGUUGAUCAAGUCACAGGGGUUUCUCGAGGUGUGGGAUUUAUCCGUUUUGAUAAGAGAAUAGAGGCGGAAGAAGCCAUAAAGGGACUAAAUGGCCAGAAGCCUAGCGGUGCUACAGAACCAAUUACUGUGAAGUUUGCCAAUAACCCCAGCCAGAAAACAAGCCAGGCACUCCUUUCACAGCUGUAUCAAUCUCCCAACAGACGCUACCCUGGACCGCUUCACCACCAGGCUCAGAGAUUCAGGCUGGACAAUUUGCUUAAUAUGGCCUAUGGCGUAAAGAGGUUCUCCCCGAUCACAAUUGAUGGUAUGACGAGCCUUGUCGGAAUGAAUAUCCCUGGUCACACUGGAACUGGAUGGUGCAUCUUCGUCUACAACUUGUCUCCCGACUCAGAUGAGAGUGUGCUGUGGCAGCUGUUUGGUCCCUUCGGAGCAGUCAAUAACGUCAAGGUGAUCCGCGAUUUCAACACCAACAAGUGCAAGGGAUUUGGCUUUGUCACCAUGACCAACUACGACGAAGCUGCCAUGGCGAUUGCCAGCCUUAAUGGAUACCGUUUAGGAGACAGAGUAUUGCAAGUUUCCUUUAAAACCAAUAAAACCCACAAAUCCUGAAUUUCAUAUCCUUACUUACUAAAAUAUAUAUAUAUAAAUAUAUAUACGAACAAAACAAAACAAAAAAAACUCUUCAAGGCUUAUAUUCAACCAUGGACUUUAUAAGCCAGUGUUGCCUAAGUAUUAAAACAUUGGAUAUCCUGUGAGGAACAGGAAAGGAUUUUAUAAUGCUUAGAAAAAAAAAAAAACCUUUGAUGCAUUGAAUGUUCUUUCAUAGCUGUCGUUGUUGAAUAUAAUAUACAUAGAUAACAAUGUGCAGGGAUUUUUACCCGGCCAGCUAGUUUUACUACCUUCCUUGAAGGUGGGUCUUUUUAAGAUGACCAUUCACUCAUUUGAAAAAAAUAAGAAAACAAAAACAAUUUUUACAAACUAAUGGGAUUAAAAGCGAGAAAAAAGAUUUUUCUUUUCUUUUCUUCUUUUGAAAACAUUGAUCUAAUCAGAUUGGUAAACCCCCCUGGUAAAUUAAAGAGGAACAAUAAAAAUUGCAAAAAGAAGAACAUAAUUUUGCAACUUUUUUUAUUUUUCCUUUUCUUUUAUAUCAUGUGAACUAAACAGUCUUCUGUUAGGGAAUGGGGUAGAGGGGGAUACCUGAUGACAUAACAAUUUAAAUAACAUUAACAAUGUUGCCAAAGAGGUGGUCUCUUUGCUGAAAAUGGGUUUCAAGAAAAAUCUAUUUUUAUAAAAUAUAAAGAAUUUUUACAAGAGAAUCUGGAUUUGAGAAAAAAUAUUUUGACUGGCUAAUUUAGGGGAAAUUGACAACUUUGUCAUGUUCAUACUGCACUGGUAACUUUUUAGAGAUCAAGAUGUGUGUUUUAAACUGGAUUAGUAGAUUGUUUUUUGAAGGAUGGGCUACAAACAGAUGAUCUUCGUAUCUUUUCAUAGCAUGUAAUAAAAAUAUUAAAUACAGUACGGGAGAGUGUUCUUCCCAGGCACGCAGUUACCCACAGUCAAAACCCAAAAGCAAGGAGAUGAGUUGCAAGAUGGUUUUUCUUUAAGUCAUCAGUAUGGGAUAUCAGCAGAACAAAAGUUUAAAAAAAAGAAAAAAACUUAAUUUUGAUCAAAAACUUCCUUGGUUUGAGCAGUAGGUGCUACGAAAUUAUUUACAUAUCUUAGUAUCAUAGUUAAAUGUAAUGUGUUUAGAAAGAAUACAUUUGCUUUAAAUUUGUUAAGAAUUUUCAAAUUCACUUUAUAGCCCAUGCUAAUAUAAUUGGGCUGUGUUGGCACAUUUGGAACACUGUUUAUGUUGCUUGAAACACUUAUUUAUUUAAUUGCCGAUGUGAUGCAUAUGGCCAAAAUCAAAUAUAGCUAGUUUGGCUAGUCUACUUAUUUGUUUACUUAAACUAUGGGAAGAAGCAUAUUAUUGUGUCAUUUUGUUGUGU